AUUCUGGCUCGAGCGCCGCCAGCGGCCCAAGGCCCAGCCCGCAGCCAGUCUCGAGCAUCAGGCGCACCGCCCCCUUGCAGCCGAUGUCGUCGAGCUUCACUGAUCGCCUCAAGGAGUACCACCGAAGCCUGCGGCCGAAGACAAAGGACGAGCUGUCCAUGAAGCAGGUGGCCUGCUUCUUCGGCGGGCUGUACGCGAUAAUUCACCUGCUCGGGUACUUCGACCUCUGGACGCUCGGCAUCCUGACGACCGUCGGCUACGUGGUGUACAGGCAGGUGCAGAGCACGUGGAUGCUCGUUGCGGAGUCCACCGAGGAGACUCGACCGGUGCCGAACCCCAAGACCAAGGCCGGCAAGGCCCUGGCCAAGCAGAGAUCUCGGCAGUCCACCUCCGAGGCGAAGUCCUGAGGAGGGCCGCCGCCCGCCGGCGCCUCGCGGGGCCACCGAUCAGCCAGGACGCCGCGUUGCUCCGUUGAGGCACUGGGUAGUUUUGCCACUGCGCUCCGAA